GAGCAUUGCGCCGGCACCUGCAGACCAUGCAUCUUCUUUCAUCGCAUGGAUGACGGCUGCCGUAUGGGAAACGCUUGUUCUCACUGCCACUUCUGCUCACCGAUUGAGGCCAAGACACGCAGGAACCGCAUUUGCCGGGAGCGUAAGAAACGAGCCUAG